AUUUUCCCACCGUCCUUGUGUAUAUCACGCUCAGGAGGACAAAUAUAUUUUAGAUUUUGUAUCCGCAUUUUUGUAUCCAGAUCGAAAAGAAAAUGGUUCAUCUUACAAAAACUCUUCGAUUCAUUAACAAUCCUGGUUUUCGAAAAUUCUAUUACGGACUCCAAGGAUAUAAUAAAUAUGGAUUGUAUUAUGAUGAUUUUUAUGAUUAUACUGAUGCCGCUCAUCUAGAAGCUGUCCGUCGAUUACCACCCGAUCUUUAUGAUCAACAUACGUAUCGUUUAGUUCGUGCAUCACAAUUGGAAAUAACAAAACAAUUUCUACCGAAAGAACAAUGGCCAUCGUAUGAAGAGGACAUGGAUAAAGGUCGAUUCCUUACACCAUAUCUUGAUGAAGUAAUGAAAGAAAAAAAAGAAAAAGAAGAAUGGAUCAAUUUCUUGUCGAAAGAUUGAAUUAAAAAAUUCAAUUUAUUAAAAAAAAAAAUGUAUAGAAAAAGAGACGAGCGAACUAUUGAAUAUAUAGAAUUCAUUUAAUCAAUAAAAAAAAAAAUUUCAUUUUCA